GUCAUAUGACGUCCUCCCACUCUAACCGAUCGGCGGUGCGAUGUGUCCCUCAGACACAGCGGAUCACCGAUCAACGGAAAGAGCCGAAGAUCAGUGCCACCUGUCAGUGUCCUUCAGAGCCAGCUGUCAGUGCUCAUCCAUGCCACCUGCCAGUGCCCAUCAGUGCCACAUCAAUGCCACAUUUCAGUGCCUACCAGUGCACAUGAAUGCCCACAUAUCAGUGCCCAUCUGAGCUGCUUUUCAGUGUCACCCAUCAGUGUCAGUCAGUGCCACCUAUCAAUGCCAGUCAGUGCCACCUAUCAGUGCUGCCAGUCUGUGCCGCCUAUCAGUGUGCAUCAGUGUCGCCUAUCAG